AUGUAUAUGGAUGUGUUAGAGCACGAGGUGGAGGCCCUCAAUGAGGAGGUCACACGAUUGCGACAAAUGGUGCUCCGAGUUACCCAGUUCAUCGAGCCACCUAUGGAGGAAGGUGCCGCCCCAACGCACCGCAAUCCCAUCGCUGCGCCAUCUAGACAAUCUGCUCCAACUCCUUCUGGGUUAUCAAACUAUUCUGCUCCAUCUCCCAUAUUCCAUGCUAAUCUAGUAGAAAAAAGAGAGGGUAACUCACGCACUCUGCAAGCGUUGAUUGAGAACUGCACGCUCGACCUCUUAAACGUGCUCGCAGCAUUCCGCGAGGAUUCUUCCUCAAAUGCGAAAGUAGACGUAGAGAGGAUUCUCAAAUCACACCAUAGGGAUCGGAAAAUGUUGAAGCAUGAAAUAAGAAAACGGUGUCACCCUCGAAAGCAUGGAAAGCACUCCACGUCAUUAUCUUCCAAUCUAUCCCUCACCACUUCUUCCUCUUCUUCCCGUUUAUCAGCACCUAAACCUCGACCCUCGCGUCACCGCAGUGCGCAAACAUCGCAAGCCGCAAGUGGUGAAGAAGGGGAUGGACGCACCUCUGCGAUGGCGGCAGUGGUAGAAAUAGAGCCUAGUCGAAGCCCCUCUCUAACAUCCGACGCAGCGGCUGGGGUUGUGGAGUCUGUCUCUCUUCCUAUUAAGGGGUCCUCAGUGAAUGCAUUACCCACACCAGGCAUCCAGAAAUCUCCCCGUACCUCCUUGCCGGUGGUGCCUGUCCUUGCAGAAAAAGCGGCAGGUGUCGAUUCUAACUAUCCUAACCGCACCAAUCAGGAUUCGCCUAGCGCGUCUGUGCAUCUUCACUCCAUGAAUGUUCAGGAAGGAAGGAUGGGGCUAAACCAGGAGGAGAAGGUCCCCCAUCGCGCGAAUGCAAAUGACUUACCCUCUCAGUGUUCGAAAGGGGGCCUGAUCGGGCUUAGCAGCCAAGUCGAAAGGUCGUAUCGCCCUGGUAGUAUGAUCCUUUCCCAGCAGCAAUCACAUUCCUCAGAAAGCUCCUCUUUGGAGAUAGCCGUGCCGAAGUCCUUGGUUACCUCGGGUGUCCAUGAGCGCGAAAAGCCAACCUUGCCGAUCACCAACACUCUGACGGGCAACUCCAGCGACGACAGCACCAGCGAGGACGACUUGGAUGCGUUAAAGAGGGUGUUUGGAGUGCGCCCGGAGGAAGGGAUUCGACCACCAGGAAGUGGGAUUGGAUUUGGCGCGACGAGCCCUGAAGGGGUCCGCACACAGCAGCUAAGGCCCAGCGUUCUCGAGUUUAUCCAGCGACAAGACGAGGAACCGUCGACGUCGCUGUCGGAGCUAACGGACGGGAUGGCCUUUGGUGGCCACCAGUCGCGGUCAAAGACCGAGGAUGAGGGCGCGCUGUCAGCACCGCAGCCCAGUCAGGAACCGUCACCGGGGGCCAGCAAAAGUGGCCCCUCUCUGACUUCCGAGGCCGCCCCUCCCCCUUCCCCUCCCAUGACCACGAGCCAUAAGGGUGGUGGGCUGCACACGUCAUCCCCGCAGAGCCCGGUGAACCCCACCCCUGAGAGCCCGCUCAACCCGUCCCAGUCCUCCCUUCAGCUCUCGGGCCAUGGACAGAUCGGCCUAAGUGCGAACAGCCUUGUGGGGGACUACGACUACGGCUUUGACCUCGGGAACCAUAGUAUGCAACUUAAAUCAACCUCGCUUCUUUCGUUUCCGCGAGUGCAGGGGGGCUCGGGGACCGACAACAAGGGUUCAUAG